GGGAAACGCCAGCAAUCAGGUCUGGGAAUAGAAAUGCGCAACUUCGUGAUCAUAUUUAGCCUAUCUCUGGCACUUGGCAUCGCCUCCGCCACCGACUAUUGCAAAAAGAGCUGCGGAAACACCAAGAAUCUGGGAUGCGACAAUAAUGGAGCCUGGGCCUCAAGCUGUCCCAGUGACGCCACCCUGUUGACCCUCUCCAGCGCUCAGAAGGAUGCACUGGUGGCUAGGACGAACGACUAUCGCAACCACAUCGCCGGCGGACUGAAUGCCAAUCUGAGUGCCGCCUGUCGAAUGGCCACGAUCAAGUGGAACGAUGAACUGGCUUACUUGGCCAGCUUGAACGUGAAGAGUUGUCAGAUGAAACACGACGGCUGCCACAAUACGGAUGCCUUCGACUGGUCUGGCCAGAAUCUGGCCUGGAUGGGCUACUACAAUCCACUGAAUGUUACACACUAUCUGGAGUGGGGCGUAGAUAUGUGGUACGAUGAGGCGGUGUACACCAAACAGGCCUACAUCGAUGCCUAUCCGUCGAACUACAAUGGUCCGGCCAUUGGUCACUUCACGGUGCUCGUUGCCGAUCGGAAUACGGAAGUGGGUUGUGCCGCGGCCACGUACUCGGUGCCCGGCCAAUCGUACAAGGCCUUCCUGCUGGCCUGCAACUAUGCGGCCACCAAUGUCCUGGGCAUCAAGAUGUACAGUUACUGCUCCAAGGCGGCCAGCAAGUGUACCACCGGUACCAAUCCCAAGUACAAGUACCUGUGCAGCGCUAACGAAAAGUACAACGUAAACAAUCUCUCCUAUUGAGCGAAUAAAUCAAAGGAAGGGUAGGGUGGACCUUAUUAUCAAAGAUAAACUAAAGCAAUUAGUUAAUAGGAAGAUCUUAUUUGAGUCGAAACUGUUUAUAAAGUUAUGGAACAUAUCUGUAACAUUCCUAUUAGUUUUGAAAUACAAAUACGAGAUACAUUUAAAAAAUAUAAUAUAAAUUAAUUAAAUUAACAUACCAAUUAAUGAGUAUGACGGGGACUUCAGCGAAUCAGCUCAGAUUCGAAGAGCUUAUCUCUUGCCUCUUAAAAAAAGUUAAGAUAAACGAUUUCAGAUAAAGGCUCGUCUUGGAUGUAA